GAGAGAGAGAGAGAGAGAGAUGGGGAACGCAGAGAGCAUGGAGAGUCAGCUGGCGGUGAUCCGGUCCAGAGCCGCUCCGGUUCGACUCCCAAUGCCCGACCCGGCUGAGCUGGAGGAAAGGUUUUCCAUCGCACUGAAUUCGAUGAACCUGCCUCCUGACAAGGUGCGUCUGCUGCGUUCCUAUGACAACGAGAAGAAGUGGGAGCUGAUCUGUGAUCAGGAGAGGUUUCAGGUGAAGAACCCUCCACACACCUACAUCCAGAAACUGAGAGGCUUCCUCGACCCAGCUGUUACUCGCAAGAAGUUCAGAAGAAGAGUUCAGGAGUCAACUCAGAUGCUCAGAGAGCUCGAGAUUUCUCUUCGCACAAACCACAUUGGGUGGGUCAGAGAGUUUCUGAACGAGGAGAAUCGAGGUCUGGAUGUGUUGGUCGAGUAUUUGUCUUUCGCUCAGUACGCCGUCACGUUUGAUGGCGAGCAGUCGGAGGCUGGAGGGGAGGUCUCAUCCAUCGACUCUCCCUGGAGUCGUUCCAUAGAGGAUCUCCAUGGCGACUGCAGCCUCCCCUCACCAUCCUCCUCCGUCCCCCGAGCAGCUCGACACUCCAUCAGUUCGACUCUGGUGACUCGAUCCAACACUCUGCCAAGUCGUCGAACUCUGAAGAAUUCACGACUCGUCUGUAAGAAAGACGACGUUCAUGUUUGUGUCAUGUGUCUGAGGGCCGUCAUGAACUACCAGUAUGGAUUCAACAUGGUGAUGUCUCAUCCUCACGCUGUCAAUGAAAUCGCCCUUAGCCUCAACAACAGAAACCCCAGGACAAAGGCUCUGGUGUUGGAGUUGUUGGCAGCAGUCUGUUUGGUCAGAGGAGGACAUGAGAUUAUCCUGUCAGCCUUCGACAAUUUCAAAACCGUAUGUUCAGAGUCAAUGCGUUUUGAGAAGUUGAUGGAACAUUUUAAGAACGAAGACGACAACAUCGACUUUUUGGUGGCCUGCAUGCAGUUCAUCAACAUCGUGGUUCACUCAGUUGAAGACAUGAACUUCAGAGUCCACCUGCAGUAUGACUUCACCAAACUCAACCUGGAUGAACACCUGGAGAGGCUGAAGCACACGGAGAGCGACAGGCUGCAGGUUCAGAUUCAGGCCUACCUUGACAAUGUGUUUGAUGUGGGGACAUUGCUGGAGGAUGCCGAGACCAAAACUGCUGCUCUGGAACGAGUUGAGGAGUUGGAAGAAAGCCUGGCCAGGAUGUCUGAGCGCCUGUUGGAUGUGGAGAAUGAAGCAAUGCUGAAGAUUGUCGAACUGGAGAAACAGCUGAUGCAAACCAACAAGGAGCUGGACCACAUCCGGGAGGUGUAUGCAAAUGCCAACUCUCAGGUCCACACCUUGAGGCGGAUGGUUCGGGAGAAGGAUCAGACAAUACGACGCCAGAGCCGUCUGGAGCGCCAGGCUCAAGAAGUCCAGCAGGCUGGAGGACUUGGGGCUCCUCAACCCCAGAGAGGAGAGGGGGAUGGAGGGGUGGCUGACUCCACUUCCCCCUCACCUCCGCCCUGCCCUAACCUGUCCCCCAGUCCGGAGACGGUAGCCUAUCACAGCACGGGACCAGGCAUGAGUGGCACUCCCGGGAUGCCAGCACCACCACCACCCCCUCCUCCACCACCAAUGCAAGGCACAGUGUCCAAUGGGUCGUACCCUAUACCGCCUCCUCCCCCUCCCCCUCCUCCCCCUCCUCCCCCCUGUCGGAGCAGCGAGUUGUCCUCCUCUGUCCCCAUGCCACCCCCUCCUCCUGUAGCUCCCCCACUCCCAGGGUCUGGAGGAUCACCCACAGUCAUCUUCAACUCUGGACUCGCAGAGGGUCCUCUCAAGUUAUUCUCGGUGAAGAUAAAGAAGCCAAUCCAAACAAAGUUCAGGAUGCCAGUGCUGAACUGGGUUGCCCUGAAGCCGAGUCAGAUCAACGGGACUAUCUUCAACGACAUUGACGAUGAAUCCAUUCUGCAGGAUCUGGAUGUGGAGGGCUUUGAGGAGCUGUUUAAGACAAAGGCUCAAGGUCCAGCGGUGGACUUGACGCUCUCCAGACAGAAACUUCCUCAGAAGGGUCCAUCCAAAGUUUCUCUGCUGGAGGCCAACAGAGCCAAAAACCUGGCCAUCACUCUGAGGAAGGCUGGUCAGGGGUCAGAGGUCAUCUGCCGUGCCAUCCAAAUGUUUGACUUGCGAACAGUUCGUGUCGAUUUUGUGGAGUGUCUGAUGCGUUUCCUGCCAACGGAGGCUGAGGCAAAACUCCUACGGCAAUAUGAGAGGGACAGAAAACCUCUGGAGGCUCUGAGCGAUGAAGAUCGCUUUAUGAUGCAGUUCAGCCGCAUUGAAAGACUCAAUCAGCGCAUGUCAAUCAUGACUUUCAUGGGCAAUUUCACCGACAAUGUCCAGAUGUUAACUCCGCAACUCCACGCUAUGAUCGCUGCUUCAGUUUCUAUAAAAUCAUCUCAGAAGCUCAAGAAGAUCCUUGAGAUCAUCUUGGCUCUGGGGAACUACAUGAACAGCAGCAAGAGAGGAGCUGUGUAUGGGUUUAAACUGCAGAGUUUAGACCUGCUGCUGGAGACCAAGUCAACAGACAGGAAGCAGACACUGCUUAACUACAUCGCCAACGUGGUGAGAGAAAAAUAUCCUACAGCAUCCCUGUUUUACAAUGAGCUGCACUACGUUGACAAGGCUGCUGCAGUGAGUCUGGAAAACGUGCUGUGUGACGUGAAGGAGCUGCAACGUGGCAUGGAGCUCACCUGGAGAGAGUUCAGCAUCCAACACAACAGCACACUGAAAGACUUCAUCAGCAGGAAUGAAUCGAGACUCAACAAGCUGCAGGAGGAUGCACGCAUUGCUCAGGAUGCAUUUGAAGACGUGGUGAAAUUUUUCGGGGAAAGCUCCAAGACGAUGCCACCGUCCGUCUUCUUCCCCAUCUUUGUUCGCUUCAUUAAAGCCUACAAGCUGGCAGAGGAGGAGAACGAGCAGAGGAGACGCCAAGAGCAAAUGCUGUUGGAGAAACUGGAGCAGGAGGAGCAGCAGGAGGAGGAGGAGGAGACCAAGUCUCCUUCCCACAGGGGGAAGCGGCAGCAGCAGGAGCUGAUCACUGAGCUCAGACGGCGACAGGGAAAAGACAGUCGCCAUGUUUACGAAGGAAAGGACGGCGCAAUCGAGGACAUCAUUACAGCGCUGAAGACUGUCCCCUUCACGGCUCGAUCAGCCAAACGCAGCUCUCGAUUCUUCUGUGACCCUGCCCACCCCGAGGAGCACUACUGAGACAGACAGACAGGCAGGGACACAGAAAGAGUUUAUGCGAGUUGAGGAUGAUGACAUGUCCUCUUCAGCUGGCCAUGCCCACUUCUAUCUAAUGGGACCAAUUAGCACUUUGAACAUUUCCAAUCUUUAAGAGCUGAUGACAUGUUUUGUAUGUUAUUAGUCAGUUUGAACACAGACCAAGACAUCACUUGGCCUUUGACCUCUGAACUUUGGGUUUUGUUUCCAGGUUACAUGUUCUUUAUUCCAGAGGUCAUGUUAUGUUCCACUCUGGCCUGACUGCUGCACCAAACUCCCUUCAAAAAUUUGCCAAAUGAAAGUAUCUUUACUGACAGAGCUGGAGAAGGAUGCCAUUACCAUCUUGAUCUUUUAUAACCAGAAAUGACCAUAUUUGGACAAGAGGGAGGGGCUGGUGAGGACAUCCUGAUUAGAUCUAACCAUCCUCUGAGUGCACGCUGUGAUAACGACUUGAAAGGUGGCCCUGCCCUAAAGCGUCCCCAACACUAAGGUCUGUGAGCACCUCAUAACAACGGCUGGAAAUCACCGGCUAAAAACUUAAAAGAAACCUCCGGGUCAGUCAAUUCCAUGGGGAAACUGCAGGUCUUAAAGUGCCUGCCCCCAAUAAAAACAAAACCCAAGUCCUGGUUGUGGUUCAGCAGGUCUGUGCUUCUGGGUUCCUUUUGGUCUGUGUCGACCUGUGUCUGUAAGUGGAUCUUGAACAGGGUUCUACUCUUUCACUACAUUGUGCUCUACUGUGUUCUGCUGUAUUUAGUAGCCUUACCAGAGCCUGACAUGCACAGAGUGUGACACCUUUCUAAGGGGUCCAGGUUAACUUUUCCUUAAAUGUUGAACAGAAAACAAUGCCAGGAUGAAGCUUUCCAGUCACACACAGAAUAAAGUGUCAAAAUGUUUUGUCAAACUCUAGUUAUCUGUGACCCUGAAUCUACCCGACUGGCUUCCCAGGACGCCUUCUUUCUGUGCAUCCCUGUAGCCCUGCUGGCUCCAGACGCACACCAUUGGGAACAGCAGGUUUUAUCUGGGAACAUGUGAGCGCAGACAGCUAAAGCUUGUCGACUGCGUCUCAGGUGUGAGGCAUAGUUUGAUGAGUCACAGUGAGGGGGCACUUCUGCUGACAACAGAACAAGUAAACCCUUUAGAUUGUUUGCCCAGCUUGUCUCCAUCUCCCCACAGCUGGUUCACAUGUUUCAAGUUCAAAAUAACAGACAACAGACUGACCUGAGUGCUGGUUUACUGAUGAAACUGUGGAGGAAAACUUCUGUCUACAGUUUGUAUCAUGAAGCAGUGAACGUGCGGUCAGUCUGCUGGUGAAGCACCUGGACAAACCUACAAGACAUGGACACACCUGUGAAACAUUAGACAGACCUGGAAACACAUGUAAAAAUAUGGAUAAACCAAGACAAGACCUGGAGACAGACGUCCUCUGGACAGUGCAAUAGUGUUGUCCUGUAUUGGUUCUAGAGUCUCUGUUAGCCAACAGUCCAGUCUCAAACUUCAGAUUGUCACUAAUGUGUCCAGUCCAAGCAGUCCUGCAUCACUUCUUCUCUCUCCCCCACCUUCAUCUUCAUUUCAGACUGAAAUCUCAAGUAAAGACAAAAAAAGUGAAAGAGCACAACGUUUUCUACAUGUACAUACAUUUUCUAAGCAGUCAUAUUGCAUUUGCUUGUCUCUGUUUGAUGUUUGUUGGUUGUUGGUGGUGAUUCUUCACUUGGUGGUGUAAAUAAAACACACUCUGACAAUAUGCUACUGUCUCUCAGUCAGUUAAAAGUCACCCAACAGGUUGGUGAAGGUGAACAGGAACACAGGAGUCAGUCAGGAUGGAGAAACUUCCUUACACAACACACAGGCUUACUGAAGCAAGAAUAAGAAAAUUUAGUUCCAUCUACUGUUGAGUUGUGUACACACAAUAAGAUUUGUUGUGAGAGAGUCUCAGCUGGGACACGUUUCAAGAAGGAGGUUCAACAAACUCUGGGUUAAACUGUGAACUCUGAGUUGAUUUACUAGGAGAUCGAAAAUUCUGAGUUUCCAAUUUCAGAACAGCUGAUCUGAGUUAGUUCAACUCUGAGUAGGUUGACCGUGCAUGAGUGGAGCCCCAAUGCUCAAUUCAUCAUGGCAAAGGCCAGUGAGAAAAAGAGCGCCUCCU